CUGCGGCUUUACGUCUCUCCGCAGUUCGGGUGGGAGGUGACGGCGCUGUCUGCCUGUCGGUCGUAGGGGAACUUCACGGGUGUGGCGAACGUGGUGUUAUUUUCCCACUAAGCAGCAGACCUGAAGCGUGCACUGGGAACCAUGGGUUGUACUGUGAGUCAGGAAGAUAAGUUGGCGGCCGAGAGGUCUAAAAUGAUUGAUAAAAACCUGCGAGAAGAUGGAGAGAAGGCGGCAAGAGAAGUGAAACUGCUCCUGCUCGGUGCUGGGGAGUCGGGGAAGAGCACCAUUGUGAAGCAGAUGAAGAUUAUUCACGAGGAUGGAUACUCAGAAGAUGAGUGUAGGCAGUACAGAGCAGUCGUCUACAGCAACACAAUCCAGUCCAUUAUGGCUAUCAUCAAAGCCAUGGCCAACCUCAAGGUUGACUAUGAGGAGUCUGCCAGAGCGGAUGAUGCUCGCCAACUUUUUGCGCUGUCAGGAGCAGCAGAAGAGCAGGGCACCCUGCCAGAGGACCUGUCCAACAUCAUCCAACGACUGUGGGCUGAUGGCGGUGUCCAGAGCUGCUUCACACGGGCCCGAGAGUACCAGCUAAACGACUCUGCGGCCUACUACCUUAAUGACCUGGAGAGGAUAGCCAAGCCAGACUACAUCCCCACACAGCAAGAUGUGCUGCGGACUCGAGUCAAGACCACAGGCAUUGUGGAAACACAUUUCACCUUCAAGGACCUGCACUUCAAGAUGUUUGAUGUUGGAGGCCAGCGGUCAGAAAGGAAGAAGUGGAUCCACUGCUUUGAGGGAGUCACAGCCAUCAUCUUCUGUGUAGCCAUGAGUGCUUAUGAUCUGGUCCUGGCUGAGGACGAGGAGAUGAACCGGAUGCAUGAAAGCAUGAAGCUCUUUGACUCAAUCUGCAACAACAAGUGGUUCACAGAGACGUCCAUCAUCCUGUUCCUCAACAAGAAGGACCUGUUUCAGGAGAAGAUUGCUCACAGCCCUUUGACCAUCUGCUUCCCUGAGUACACUGGCCCCAACACGUAUGAGGAGGCCCAGGGUUACAUCCAGACCAAAUUUGAGGAUCUGAACAAGAAGAAGGACACCAAGGAAAUCUACACCCACUUCACCUGCGCCACUGACACCAAGAACGUGCAGUUUGUGUUUGAUGCCGUCACCGAUGUCAUCAUCAAGAACAACCUGAAGGACUGUGGCCUUUUCUGAAAAUCAGUCUGAGAGUCGAGAUACUUGAACCGCUCUGACCAUAGCGAUGGGGGAUUAUACACGGAUCAUGAAUGACUGCACUGGCCAACCACGAUUUAUGCUUUGAUCUGCUUUUUAUAAAGACACCUAAGAGACUGAAAACCCGACGAGCCUUGCAGAUUUUCAACAAUUGCUGAUCCAGUUGCUCGUGUUAUUAACUCUUUGGGCUAUGACCACAAAAAUCAACAUCUAUUUUAUUUUUGUUUCUUUAUUUUCAAUUACUAGAGGAGGGAAAUGUUUUCUUUUUUUUUUUAUAUAUAUAUAUAUAUAUAAAUGCAUUCAUUUUACUUUUAGAAAUUCCAAUGUGCAAAUUAUUAACCUUUUAAUCACAUGAUGCUUAUUUUUUAAGAGCUGAAGCACAGGCAUGGACAUAAAAUAUGAUUCAUAAAAAAGAAAGUGCUUUUUUUAUAAUGUUUACAUCAGUUCAUCAUUCAUAGCAAAAAGUAUAUAUUCUGCAUGACUCAACUUGGCAAAUAUUAGCUCUGUAAUCCACACAAAGUAUGUAACAUUCCAACAAAAACAAAAAAAAAAUAGGAAAAAAAAUUAAAAGGCUAAAAAAGAAAAAAUGGCUUCACCCACUGGGGGGAAAUUGUAGCUAAAUUCUAAACAAUAUUUAAAGUAUGUGUGUACCUAACAUUCUUUCACUUUUAUAGUAUCAUUUCCAUGUCUGUUGCAGUAUAUUUGUGCCUUGACUUCUGUUUACAACCAUUUCUUAGAAAUGCUUUCAGAACUGUUUGACCUACUGUGCUCUGCUGCCUAGAAUCUCUGAGUAGUAUUGUGAUUGUUAAUGAGAGACGAAAAUCUAAUUCCGUAAAGAGGUUAGUGUUUUUGGUAAAUAAUAAAAUGCUUUAAAAAUUCCUUUAUGAUUUAAUUUAAAUAAAAGUAGACAUCACCAGACUCGGUAUAUUGGGGUUUCCUGUCUGUUGUGUUACGUUAAUAUUGCUGCCAGUUCGUGUUUCAGGUGAUAACUGAAUAAAAUGUUCACUGAGA